UCCUGCAGCCAAGAAGGCUCCCCACCCAUUUGCACCACUCAGGACCCAGACAAACCUCCAGGUGGCCUCGAUGAGGUCAAAGGACCAGAUGACUGCGAGGACUAUAAAUCCUUCCAUCCUCCACCGUUUGGUCAGAACCGAAGAAGCUUCUGGGAUGAGCGGCGAAAGGUCUUCGAAGAAAAAUGAGAAAGUCCAGUUGCCUCCUGAAAAAAAAAAAAAAAAGCAUCUUUGGGACUUACCACCAGUGUAAGGAGGCCCGAGAGCGUCCAAGGAAGCAUUCAAUAGGAGUCUGAAACCCUACAAGUUGCAAAUAGGAAGCUUCAAAGCCGGCCAGGAAGGACAACAGCUGUUCCCAUAAGUAAGUAACCUGGGUUGUGAGUCACCACUAUUCCAGGGCAUCAAACUGAGUGCCAGCCCCCCACCCAAGCAGGCCUUCCCCGGCCCCCAAUGCCCAGAUGGGGGAGAAACAUAGAAUAAGAGGGCUGGAAGGGGCUUUAAAGGUCUUCUAGUCCAUCCCCCUGCUCAAACAGGAGACCCCAGGCCCCCACUGCCCAGAUGGGGCAGAAACAUAGAAUGACAGAGCUGGAAAGGGCCUUAAGAGGUCUUCUAGUCCAGCCCCCUGCUCAAACAGGAGACCCCAGGCCCCCACUGCCCAGAUGGGGCAGAAACAUAGAAUGACAGAGCUGGAAAGGGCCUUAAGAGGUCUUCUAGUCCAGCCUCCUGCUCAAACAGGAGACCCCAGGCCCCCACUGCCCAGAUGGGGCAAAAACAGAAUAACAACAUUGGAAGGGGCUUUAAGAGGUCUUCUAGUCCAGCCCCCUGCUCAAACAGGAGACCCCAGGCCCCCACUGCCCAGAUGGGGCAAAAACAGAACAACAACAUUGGAAGGGGCUUUAAGAGGUCUUCUAGUCCAGCCCCCUGCUCAAACAGGGGACCCCAGGCCCCCACUGCCCAGAUGGGGCAAAAACAUAGAAUAACAACAUUGGAAGGGGCUUUAAGAGGUCUUCUAGUCCAGCCCCCUGCUCAAACAGGAGACCCCAGGCCCCCACUGCUCAGAUGGGGCAGAAACAUAGAAUGACAAAGCUGGAAAGGGCCUUAAGACGUCUUCUAGUCCAGCCCCCUGCUCGAACAGGAGACCCCAGGCCCCCACUGCCCAGAUGGGGCAGAAACAUAAAACAACAGGGCUAGAAGGGGCCUUAGAGGUCUUCUAGUCCAGCCCCUGCUCAAACAGGACAUCCCAUGCCAUUCCAGGGACGUGGUCGCCCAACCUCCUGUUAAAAAACAUCCUGCAAUAUCCCAUCCGGCCAACGGGGAGGGGGGUGCGAGAGCAGCCCGCAGUUCCUUUUGUCGCCCUCUAUCGGCGGCCGGCGGCUUUUACCCACCGCCGCAGCAGCAGCAGACUCAUCCUUCCUGCCCUCCCCGCUCCCGGCCUCUCGCGCAAGCGCACUGGGGCCGGUGGCCCGGCGGCCGGCAGGCGCCUUGGCGACACACAUGCGCAGACAAUGGAGCGCCGUCUUUGAGGGAGGGGGGGGAGAAGGACCGUCGACCCCGCGCUGGCUUCCCUUUCUUUUUUUUUUCCCCUUCCCUUUUCCAGGCACAAGCCGGGCGAAAGAGCGCAGGCGCAGUUCGGGGGGUAACCUCAUCUGACUGAUCUUUCCCAGAAAAGCUGGAUUUUUACAGGCUCUCCAAAAAUAUCAUCAUGAUUGGAUAGGAGGAACUUUGGGAGAGGGAAGAGACACGCAGGAGUAUGGCAGCUUUGAACUGGAAGCCGUUUGUGUACGGAGGUCUGGCUUCCAUCACCGCGGAAUGUGGUACUUUCCCAAUUGAUCUGACAAAAACGCGCCUGCAGGUACAAGGUCAAAAAAAUGAUGUGAAGCAUAAAGAAAUUCGUUAUCGUGGGAUGGUUCACGCUUUAGUGAAAAUAUUCAGGGAAGAAGGAUUGAAGGCCUUAUACUCUGGCAUCGCCCCGGCUAUGUUACGCCAGGCUUCUUACGGAACCAUCAAAAUAGGCACUUACCAGAGCUUGAAAAGAAUAUUUAUCGAACGACCAGAAGAUGAAACGUUGGCUGUCAGUGUAUUCUGUGGGGUCCUGUCUGGGGUCAUCUCAUCUUCCAUUGCUAACCCCACUGAUGUCCUGAAGAUCAGGAUGCAAGUUCAAGGCAGCCUCGUAGCUGGUGGAAUGCUUGGGAACUUCAUGAAUAUUUAUCAGAAGGAAGGAACCCGAGGCUUGUGGAAGGGAGUCUCACUUACUGCUCAGAGAGCAGCGGUGGUGGUCGGCGUGGAGCUGCCCGUUUAUGACCUUACCAAAAAGCAUAUCAUCCUCAGUGGCUACAUGGGAGACACGGUGUACACUCACCUGCUGGCCAGCUUUACCUGCGGCUUGGCGGGAGCGCUGGCAUCCAACCCCAUUGAUGUGGUGAGGACGCGGAUGAUGAACCAGAGAACCGUACGAACCGGGCCCCAGCCCGGCUACAAGGGAACUCUAGACUGCUUGCUUCAGACCUGGAAGAACGAAGGUUUUUUCGCCUUGUACAAAGGAUUCUGGCCCAACUGGUUAAGGCUUGGGCCUUGGAAUAUCAUUUUCUUUGUGACGUAUGAACAGCUGAAGAAAUUGGAUUUCUGACAGUCUGAAAAUUGAAGAGGCCAGUUCCUCCAUUGGUGAUCGUAACCCUCAAGUGCUCUUUCCGGUAUUCAAGCGUGCAGAAUUGAUGAAAUUAAAUUGUUGGUGCAAAGAACGUUGAAGUUCUCAAGCAUUACAGAACAGCGUGUAACUUGAAAUUGAAACAGAUCUUAGCAUUGGUCCCGAAUUUCAUAUUUCAUAAAUAUGACGAACAUUUCAGUAUUGGCAUGUCUGAAUGGGAGCAAGUGAACAAUAGUUAGGGGCAGGUCUUCCGGCAGUUUUCGUUUAUUUAAAAACGGGCUCUUUCCAGCAGCUACUGGUUAAAGAGUUCACAACCUUGAGAAUCUGUAUUUUAUAUACCAAAGGCAUGACUUUUACAAAGCAUCCUGUUGUACGCAAUAGCAUUGCAUAAAUAAUGUGCAAACCGUUAUUUGCAAAAUAAUGUUGAAAAUCCUUUUUCUCUUGAAACCUCUCAGUGGUGUUUUUUUUUCUUUUAGAAAAAAAAUUAGCAUGACAUUAAUGCCGAAUUAAAUUCAUUACUGUGAGUUUUCAGCGGUGUCUUUAAUAUUUUGCCCUAUCUGACGAUUUGAGUAGACCUAAUCUUAUAUUUUUUUUUAUUUUAAAAAGAUUCAGUUGUGGGCAAUAGAUGAACUCUUCCACAAAUACUACUUGACUGGGCUUUCUGGGAAAGAGUUUUAUCGCUGCUCUUCAUAUUUAGGACAAUAAUAUAAAUCAUUACAAGCAAUGUUGACAUUAUGAAGACUCAUUCAUAAAUGUCAAGUUAUUACAGGUACAUUGUGUGCCUGAAUAAACCAAUUUUUGUCUUCUACUUCCCUGAACUGUGUUCAGAGAAUCCAAUAAUAAGCACAGAUAGUUCUUAGUGGUUGUUACAGAGAGUACGCAAAGUCCUCACUUCCCAAAGACGGGAAUUUAUGUAUAAGCAAGUCUUUCUUCCCCAAAAUAUUUAGAAAUAGGAUUGUCACAGUUAUACGUUGGACCACUGCUUUGGGAAAGCUUCUGCCUGUCUUGAUUUCACCGAUGGAUAACACAGAGUUGUUCCAAACAAAUAGGAAUUUUAUGUAUAUUUUCAUUUCAGCAUUAAAAAUAGUUUUCAUACAGGAUCGUAAAGUUUGAGCCGGCAACGAUAGUUUGAGAUUGCUCCGUUUUGCUCCAAGAGACUUUUUGUCAGAAGAAACUGGAGAAUCAACUUGAGACGUCAAAUUAGGCCAGCUUGACAAAAUAUAUACAUAUAAAUAUAUUUAUUUAUAUAUGACACACAAAGGACAGUGUUGUUUUUUUUUGGGGGGGGGGAACUGUAUUCUGACCAGG